GAGCGACCCGCAGCCAGGGCGGGGACGAGUUAGGUGGCACCAGCAGGAUCGCGGAUGGCGCCGACACAGGUGCCCGGCGGUUUGCGGGGGAAGGGCACCAGCUCCUAGCGGGAGUGCAAGCCUAGGCUUCCUAUUUCGGGAGCAAGGGGUGUGGGCCACGCUCAUCAUGUGAUGCGAGGGCUAUUUAAAGAGGCCCUCCGACCGGGAGCCGUGGUUCUUGGUGCCUGCACGCCUCCUCCCUCAUUACACCAUGGCGGACGCCUUUGUCGGCACCUGGAAACUAAUAGACAGCAAGAAUUUUGAUGACUUCAUGAAGUCACUCGGUGUGGGCUUUGCCACCAGACAGGUGGCUAACAUGACCAAGCCUACCACAAUCAUCGAGAAAAACGGGGACACUUUGGUCAUAAAGACACACAGCACCUUCAAGAACACAGAGAUCAGCUUUCAGCUAGGAGUGGAGUUCGAUGAGGUGACGGCAGACGACAGGAAGGUCAAGUCAACCGUGACACUGGAUGGAGGCAAACUUGUCCAUGUGCAGAAGUGGGACGGGCAGGAGUCUACGCUAGUAAGGGAGCUGUGUGACGGCAAACUCAUCCUGACACUCACCCAUGGCAAUGUAGUGAGUACCCGAACUUACGAGAAGGAGGCGUGAGGCUGCUACGCUGUCGCAGACUGUUCCUCUGCAGCUGGUUACCCCUCGACUCAGCACCAUGUUGCCUCAUUUUUUUUCCUCUGGUGUUUUGUAUAAAUACACAUUGGUUGGGAUUUUUCUGGAGAACAGGGCACCAGCCUGGAUUCCAGUUCCCAUUGUGUAUGUGGUUUAUUUUUUAAAACUGUACCCAAAGGGUGCUCCGAGGUCAAUAAAGCAGAGCCAAGGCCACCCA